AUGUCGACGCAAAAGUUUGUGGCGCACUCCAUAUCUAGAGAUGAAAACAAUGAGGAUUCUAGUCGGUCAUUUGAUGAGCAACUUAACAUAAGUUUAGCUGAUGAUUGUGAAGCCGACGGUGAUUAUAUUCCACAGGUUGCAUUGGCAUCAAUUCCUCAUGAAAAUCAGAGUUUUCAAACAUUGGAUGAAGCUAAAGACUUCUAUAUUGCUUAUUCCAAAGAAGCUGGUUUUAGCGUCAGAGAAAGAAAUGACAGGAAAAACCACAAUCAAGAAGUCAUAUGGAAAAUGUUCGUCUGUUAUAAAGAAGGGACGAAGAGUAUGAGAUACCAAGAAAAAGUUAAGCAUGUUGUUCAACGAACUGGAGAACGGGAAAGAGGAGAUGUCAGAUGCAAAUGUUUGGCUAAGAUGACUGUAAGCUGGAAAAAGGAUGAACAACUUUGGAGAGUUUUGAAAUUUAAUGAAAAACACAAUCAUCCUCUUACCAGUCCGAGCAAGGUGCACGCUUUAAGAGUUCAUAGGGAUGUCUCACCUACAAUAAGGUCUCUUGCUGUCGAGUUUAGAAAUGCCAAUUUGAAAACAUCUGAUCUCCGAAGGGUACUAGAAAGUGAUGCUGGGGGUCCUGAUAAAAUAGGUUGUCUAGAAAAGGACUUGUACAACAGUGCUUCAAAAUUACAGAAUGUGGUCACUGGACAUGAUGCUGAAACGUUAAUUGGCCACUUUGAGACAGAGAAGACAACAUGUGAGUCUUUCUAUUUUGCUUAUGAAACCCAUGAGGCUGGUGAUACGUUUGAUCGUUGUUACUGGCGUGAUGCACAUGCAAGAAAUUCUUAUGGUUGUUUUCCAGAGGUGGUGGUAUUUGACUCGACAUUUGGCACCAACAAAUAUGGAAUUUUUUUUGCCCCUUUGUUGGAGUGA